UUUGUGCCGCCGCCGCUCCGGAACUGAGCGCUUGCAGCAGCAGCUGCUGGAAUCCAGGCGAAGGGACAGCCUGCUGCCUGUACAGGGGCCUGGGGGAUAUCUGCAAUGUCCAAGACGAAAGGCCGCGGGAAGAGGACUGCUCAGCACCAGGCUGUGAUUAGCAAAUUCUUCCGCCCUGUAGUCAGCAAAGAUCGGGGCAUUGGACAGGGGCAAGACAAUGCAGCGACAAUCCCUCUCACCUCAGAUGCAGCAGGGCAGCAGGUUGGGUGUUGCCAGACACCAGCCUGCAGUCAGAGAAAGAAAGCACAAGUUGAUCAAGAUGAACCGAAGUCAAAACGUAAGAGGCUGGCAAGUGAGGAAGAGAAUGGAAAUGGGGAAAUAGUUGAAAAGGCUUGUGAUCAACCAACAGCACAUAUCCAUGCUCUUGUAUCUUCAUCUACCAUGGAUAGACUAAAGGGAUUUUCAAUCGAUAAUCAGCAAGAACCAUCCGUUGCUAAAGGCCCGGAUGUGGAUAUCCAGUUCAAAAGAUUCAAAGAUGCAGAAAAUUAUGAUCUAAACUCUGACAACGUUUGCAGAGAAUGGGAUGAUUUUGUUCAUCCCAAAAAUGCAGACAGAGACGGAUUGUAUCAGUGUCGUUCUCAAGAAAUUGUAAAUCUGGAUUGGCAUCGAUUUUCAGCUUCAAACAAGGGAAACAGUGUGAAGAACACUUUUGAAACGGGUACAGUCAACCGUAGAACGAAGAGCACUUACACUCCACUAGAACUACAGUACCUGGAGAUCAAAAACCAACACAAGGAUGCAGUGCUGUGUGUGGAGUGUGGAUACAAGUAUCGGUUUUUUGGUGAAGAUGCUGAGACUGCAGCUCGAGAGCUGAAUAUUUACUGUCACCCUGACCAUAACUUCAUGACUGCCAGCAUACCAGUUCACCGUCUAUUUGUUCAUGUCCGUCGGCUAGUCGCAAAAGGAUAUAAGGUGGGAGUGGUGAAACAGACUGAGACUGCAGCUCUUAAAGCUGUUGGAGAGAACAAAGGCAAUCUGUUCACUCGCAAGCUGACUGCUCUCUACACCAAGUCUACACUCAUUGGAGAAGAUAUUAACCCACUGCUGAACCUGGACAGUGACUCAGUUGAAGUUGGAGAUGUGCCUAGUGAGCUUCCCAACAACUAUCUGAUGUGUAUCUGUGAACAGCUGCAGAAGAGAAAAGAUCAUGCGAAGCAAAGUGUUCAGAUUGGACUUGUGGCAGUCCAACCCAACACUGGCGACGUGGUUUAUGACUGUUUUCUCGAUUGUAAAUCCAGAUCUGAGCUGGAAAGCCGGAUCCUAUGUCUACAGCCAGUCGAAAUUCUGCUUCCAGUGGAGUUGUCUGAGCACACGGAAAAGCUUCUUGCAAGCAUCACUGCUUCAAGGUACAAUCUGAGUUUACGUGAUGACCGAAUUCGUGUAGAGAGGAUGGAUAGUAUUCAUUUUGAAUAUAGUCAUGCUUUCCAGGUGACCUCUGACUUCUAUGCAAGUGGUACAUCUGAUGUUUCAGAAUCACAAAAGUUGUCCAUAAUAUUAAAUUUGGAGAUGCCAGUCGUCUCAUGUUUGGCAGCUGUCAUCAGAUACCUAUCUGAAUUCAGAUUGGAGAAGGUCCUACAUAAUUUGAGUAAAUUGAGCAAAUUUUCUGAGGACUCCACAUGCAUGUCAAUCAAUGGAACGACCUUGAAGAACUUGGAAAUUUUACAAAACCAGACCACCGGCACGACAAAAGGUAGUCUACUUUGGGUACUUGACCAUGCCCAGAAUUCCUUUGGGAGGCGGCUUCUGAAGAAAUGGGUGGCACAGCCUUUAACAAAAGCAAGUGAAAUUAAUGCUCGUUUGGAUGCAGUCACUGAAAUUCUGUCAUCAGAGUCCAUUGUCCCGUCAAAGACCGAAAAGCUCCUGUCGAAGCUCCCGGAUCUGGAGAGAGGAAUCUGUAGUAUUUACCACAAGAAGUGCUCCACGUGGGAGUUUUACCAGUUGGUCCACACUUUAUCAGGUUUGCAGGUGGGCUUUCAGGCCUUGCUCCCAGCUGUUGAGGCUCAGUUAAACUCAUCCCUCCUUCGUAAUAUUUUGUUGGAACUGCCACAGCUGUUGGAUCCUGUGCAUCACUAUGUGAAGAUUUUGGAUGAAAGUGCAGCCAAGAUAGGUGAUAAGACACAGCUCUUUACAGACCUCACUGACUUCCCUAUCAUCCAGCAGCGAAAGCUGGAGAUUCAGGAGGUACUUUCCCGACUGCAGAAUCAUCGCAGAGAGAUCCGAUUGAUUCUGAAAAAGCCGUCUUUAGAUUAUGUGACAGUUUCGGGGCAAGAGUUUCUGAUAGAAGUCAAAAGCUCUCUGUUGUCCAUCGUUCCAUCUGACUGGACACAAAUUUCAAGUACAAAAGCCGUCAUACGUUUCCAUACUCCAUUCAUCGUGAAGCAGUAUAAGCGUCUGUGCCAACUUCGAGAGCAGCUUGCCCUUGACUGCAAUGCAGAGUGGCAGAAAUUGUUGGAUCAGUUUGGUGAACACUAUCAUGGAAUUAGAAAUGCAAUCAGUCACCUGGCAACCAUUGAUUGCAUCUUUUCAUUGGCAGCAGUUGCUAAGCAAGGAGGCUAUUCAAGGCCAACUGUGCUGGAAGAAGAAAGACAAAUAGUGAUCAAGAAUGGCAGGCACCCAGUGAUUGACAUUCUAAUGGGAGAACAGGAGCAAUAUGUUCCAAAUAGUACUGAACUACAUGGAGAUGGACAGAGAGUUAUGGUAAUUACUGGGCCCAAUAUGGGAGGAAAGAGUUCUUACAUUAAACAAGUGGCACUGAUUACUAUCAUGGCACAAAUUGGGUCUUAUGUCCCUGCAGAAGAAGCUGUGAUUGGCAUCGUGGACACCAUUUACACAAGAAUGGGAGCAUCUGACAACAUCUACAAAGGUCAAAGUACAUUUAUGGAAGAGCUGACAGAGGCAGCUGAGAUCAUUAGAAAAGCAACAUCACGAUCAUUAAUUAUUUUGGAUGAAUUGGGAAGAGGCACAAGUACUCACGAUGGUAUUGCCAUCGCUUAUGCUACUCUGGAGCACUUUAUUAAAGAUGUGAAAUCUCUGACGCUAUUUGUUACCCACUACCCCCCAGUGUGUGAGCUGGAGCAACUCUACCCUAAGAAUAUCAGGAAUUAUCACAUGGCCUUCCUGCUCAAUGAGGAAGCUGAUGAACAAAAUGGAUUUGUGGAGGAGCUGCAACCAGAGAUGAUCACUUUUCUGUAUCAACUGACCCAGGGAGCUGCUGAUCGCAGCUAUGGCCUGAAUGUUGCAAAACUAGCAAGUAUCCCUGAAGAAGUGCUGAAGAAAGCUGCUCAGAAAUCGAAGGAGUUGGAAAGUCUAAUGAAUGUCAAGAGGAAGAAAAUGAAAUCCUUCUUUGAAGUCUGGAGAAUAAAUGAAGGGAAAGAACUGAUGGACUGGGUGAUGGUGAAUAAAUAGAGAUUACUUGUUCCUGUUUUUUAAAAUAAAUACAUGGAUAUGAGAUGCUGAUCUCCUACUUGUGUGUGUUUGGUUUCAAGGGAAACUUGGGAUUUUGCUUCACACCCAUUGAAAGAAAUACUCAAUUGCACUGUCCUUGUAGGUAGUUGUACUCUGUCCCAGCUUUGUUCUUAUUUACAUUCUCCAUGUAAAUCCUACAAUACAAGAUAAAUAUAGGUAAGGAAGUACAAUUAACACAUCUGGGCUCAUUCAUCCAGCAAAACUACUGCGUCCUCAUUUCGUUCAUAUCAUCCAACCAUUUCUGAAAUGAUUUAUAAGGCUUUUUUUGCCUUUACUUGCACUGAAAAUGGAAUAGAUGUGUAUAAAGAAAAUUCUGAUGUCACUGAUAAAUUUCAGCAGUCUGAACAGUGCUCAUUGCCUUAAAUCAUACAGUCUUGACAUGUUUUUAUAACCUUUGGCCAAUUUUAUAAAGGUGUUGCCAGAACUUUUGUCUUGGAAAGAAUCCCUAAACAUCAAUACAGACCACACUGUUCAACGCAGGAUCCAGAUUACAUUUUGUACCUUUUCUAAAUAAGAGAAGCUACUGAUUCCCUUUCCCCUCUGCUCGGCUUUUGCUUCCUAAAUGCUGUGAAGUUGAAAUAAAGCAAACUUUUAAAAUAAAAUGAUGAGUUGGAAUAAAGUUAUACCAUCAUUCUUCCUUUAUUGCUGCUUGUACAGAGAGCUAAGAAAACAGGACUGUGUGAAAGCCUGCUGCUUUUUAAUGGGAAUAUUAUGUUUAACUUGUGCAUUUUGUUAGGAAUCAGGGGAAAAAAAAAUCGUGUCUGCCUAAAAACUAAUUGUGAUACUGUGUUAAA